UAAUAUUUAAAUUUGUUUGAUGAUCUGAAACAUUAAAGUGUGACAAACAUACAAAAAAAAUAAGAAAUCAGGAAGGGGGCAAACACUUUUUCACACCACUGUAUAUAUGUAAAAUUAUUUAGAAGAUCGUGUUUGUACUGGUAGUAUGAGGGUACUUUUGUGUCUUUAUCAUACAAUCAAACAGAAUAGGUUUGAGAGCAAAACUAUCCACACUGAAAUCAAAAAAUUGAUUUGAGAGCACAACUAUCGACACUACAAUCAAAAUGUUUUAUUGCAAGUAACAAAUUUGUGAUUAAAAUGUAUUAAUGCAAAUCCAAAAGUUUUGUUUUCAAAUCCAAAAGGUUUGUUUUUUUGCUUUCGAAACCAAAAGUUUUGCUUCCUGUUGAGCUGACUCUCGUGGGCGGGACUUUAUGGGAGUAUUUUCUUUAUUCAAGGGCGUCUUCUUUUAAUUUGAGAGCAUGACUAAUUGAUUUCAACAUCUGCUCUCUGAUUUUUUUGUGCAAUAAGCCUGUCAAAAUCCCCCAACCAAUAGAAUGUGUAGUGUUGACCAAUGAAAUGAUCCCUGCCUUGUUACGGGUGCGUUCGCUUUACUGGUAAAGACAACAAAUAAACCCAGUAAUCAGUAGUAAGUACUGUAGCCACUGCCCCCGUGUGUUAACCUGACUACACAUCAGAUUAAUAACACCAGUUACACCCUGAUGAGGCAGCAACCUGUCUACUAACAGCAGAUGUUGCCAAUCGAGGCUGGCCAAUAGAGAUGUAUCUUACAUCUUUCAACGUUGGUCCCGCCCAUGAGAGUCAGUUCAACAGCAAGCAAAACUUUUGGUUUCAAUAGUUUAAACUUUUGGAUUAGAAAACAUAACUUUUGGAUUUGCAUUAAUACAUUUUUAAUCACAAAUGUAUUUUACCUGCAAUAAAAAAAAUUUUGAUUGCAGUGUUGAUAGUUUUGAUCAAAUCUAUUUUUGACUGCAGUGUAGCAGUAGUAGUAGUAGUUUUGGACUUUUUAAAUAUUCAGCUUUAUUUUCCUCAUCCUGCAACAUCAUAUAGAAGUCAGUUGUGCUUUUGUUUAAUUAUUUUUUUCUGUUUUUCUGAUUCUGUUUUCUGCAUUCCAAAGGGUAUUUGAAAUGAAAAGUGUCUGAGGACAUUUUCCAUUUGUUCACAGGGGAUAAAAAGCACUUUUCAGUGUUCUGGCUGUCACUUUAAGGGGGGCAUUUUAGACAAAUUACCAAGUCUCCCCCGUGUCUUGCUCAGACAGCUCCUCUGUGUCUGUGUGUGUGUGUGUGUGUGUGUGUGAGAGUGAGAGAGAGAGAGCGAGUGUGUGUGUGUGAGUGAGAGAUCGGGGCUGUGAGCUAUAAAAGCGAGCUUCGUGGAGACGGAGCCAGAAGUGUCCAGUUAUUAGCAUGCCGGUCUGGUCACUGUGGCCCUGCUGCCUUCUGCUUUAACACAGUCAGACUGUAGGCCUGUUGUUGGCUGACACCAUUCAGAAUCCGAGAGGAGAAAUGUAACCACAGAAAAUCCCAGGAAACACCUGCAUUUAUAAGGAUGACACUUUUGUUUGAAGCAACAGUGACAAAGAAAAGAGCAGCAGUCUUUUAUAGAUUUAAAAAAAAAAAAAGUCUUGGCAGAUUUCCUUGCAUCUUUCCUAUCUCGGCCGUAUCCUGGCUACUACUGUGGAUUGCUAACUGUCAAAGGCACAAGUCUUUCUCGGAAACAAAAGAAACACUUGAAACUUCCACAUCCCUCAGUCCUCAGCAUUCCUGACCAGAGCAGAAGGAUCCUUGUCCUCCCAACAACAACAUCGGAGAAGGCUUCACAGGAUCAUAAAAAUCACUGCUUCGCCUCCAAGAUGCUGAACCUCAAUGACAACAGCAACAGGAACUCUCUCCAGGACCCGAUUACAUUGAACGUCGGUGGAGAAAUUUACACUACAACCCUGAACACUCUGACACGCUGCCGUGACUCGAUGCUAGGCGCCAUGUUCACUGGACAAAUCCCUGUGCUUAGAGAUAAUAGAGGAAAUGUUUUCAUAGACCGCGAUGGUAAAGUGUUCAGGUACAUUCUGAAUUACCUGCGCUCCAGCUCCCUUGACCUGCCGGAUGGCUUUUCAGAGCUGGCACUGCUGUGGAGAGAGGCUGAUUUCUUCCAGAUAUGCCCCCUGCUGGAGGAGAUUCGCCGCUAUGAGGCAUCAGUGCCUCUAAGCCUUAGAGGAGGGCCGCUAGGAGCCAUGAUUAUGAUUAAUGUUGAUUCCAAGGUCCGCGUUCUCCACUUUAACUUGCGCCAUGGGCCAGAAAACUAUGAGCUUCGCACAUGCUCUGUGCGAGCCCUCACAGUUGACCUCUUUUGUACCUGGAGAGCUUUCCUGGCUCUGCUUUGUGAACGCUUCUCCUACAGAACAUCCCAGGGUCUCACUAGCCCCAAUCCAUGCAACCCGAGGCAGAACAGGCUGAAACUGGAGUGGGUGCCGAGGCCUAAUGAACUCCCGCAGGACCAGUACGACAAGCAGCGCUACCGGGGGCUAACCGUCUCUAACCCUGAGGUCACGCAGUCCGAUGGCUUCAUGACAAUGCACUGGAGCCAAUGUGAAAUCACAGACAUGCAGGGGUUUGUGGAGGAGCUGCUGAAGGUGUCUCUGGCUGAAGGGUUCAAGGUUGAUCUGGUGACUCCUGACCCAGCGGAAAUUCUUAACUGCACCUCACUUCGGCUUGUCAAGUCCUGAGCUUUAGGCGAAGAACAGAAUCUAAAAGCACCAAAACAUGCCAAGUUGAUGAAAUGUGGAUUGUUCCUUGUAGUCACAACUGAAACAGUUAUCCAUUGUUUAAUCAAAUCCUUUAUGGAUUAGGGUUAAUAUUGUAAUAGGAACAUCAAAAGGAUACAGAUUAUGAAUAGGAGGUCAUUGGAAAAGUUUUUUGUCUGUGGCUUCUAUGUCUGUUCUCCUCAUAGUAUUUACCAAAAUAGUAAAUAAGCUGUGUUAAAUAACAUUUUUUACAAAUGUUGACAUGUCAUAUAAUGGACAUUUACAUGUAACAUUUAGAUGUAACUUAGCCCUUUUUAGACAUCUGUAAGUAUUGUAAUCUAAAACAUUGCAGACUUCAUCUAUCCGUUAAAGUGAGUCAAAGUAAGUGAGUCAAAGUAUGUAAAUAUAUGUUGGCAUUGCUCCAGGUGGAGCUCACUGGUGGUCAAAAAAUCCACAGGGUACCUUUUAACUAUGGAGCUAAAGCCGGGAGUCGAUUAGCUUACCUUAGCAUAAAGACUGGAAGCAGACGUGACGUCACAUGCUAGAACUAUUUCUCUCCGGACGCAAUGACUUCCUGGACGCUCGUCGUCAUCGUGAGGUUGCCAGGCAUCCAGCGGACUCUUCAGUUGCUGUGACUGGCCGAUUGCCAACAAAUAGUUUUGAAGUUUGUUGAGCCAGACUAGCUGUGUCACAGUUUCCAGUCUUUAUGCUAAGCUUAGCUAAUCAGCUCCCGGCUCUAGCUCCAGUGAAUGCGCAAACAUGAGUGUCCAUCUUCUCAUCUAACUCUCAGCAAGAAAGCAAAUGAGCGUAUUUCCUAAAAUUUUUAACUAUUCCAUUGAACUCGAUUUAUAGUUGCCUCAAGGCAACUGCCUUGUGUCAUUAUUGAGACAAAGAGGAAAGCCAAAGCUGACCAAUCACAGUUCUGGGAGUCCACACGUGCUAACUCGAAGCCGCCGUAGCCCCGACGUGUAGUUACAUGUUUGAGGAGGUGUAGUAGUAGGUGUAGUGGCCACAUGCAUAGGCUCAGUAGCUAAGCUGUAACCCCUUUCACACCUACACAUUGAGCCUUAGACCUAAAACAUAGAGACAAAAUGUUACUUUGACAUAUGGUCUUAUUUAGUUCCUAUUUUACUAACAGUUUUAAUUUUGUAAGUUUUUUUGCUGCGUUUUCUAUACUACAUAGUUUCCAUGAAUGGAAAGAUGAAAAGUUAGACUUGGCCAGUGAUUCGUGUGAUUUUUCAAGGGGUUUUUUCUUCUCCUUUACCACCCACUAAAAAAGGUUUGCACUUACAUAUUCUCAGUACUUCAUGAUUAAUUCAACUGACUGUAUUUCCUUGUGGGAGGGCUGUAUCCGUCUGCCCUUUGUUGUUUGAAAGACUGGGGGAGUCAGAUGAGUUAUGGUCUGAGUGUGUAAUUUUAGUUUGGAGGAAGCAGUAGUAAAGGAAGUUUGAGGAGGAAAAGAUGUGUCUCGGCUGAAGAGGAAAGGUGUCUAGUUGCAAAAACAAACCCAGCGGUUCUUUCUUCUUGCUCCCUCCCUGAACUUCCUUCCUAGGACUGUGAGAGAUGUGACAUCACUAUGCUCACAUGCAACUAUAAUGCUUAGCUCUCAGAUUUAGGGAUUUAUUUAAGAUUCAUUAUUGGUUGAAGGUUGCCAUGGUUUAAUGUACUCAUUGUGUGUGUUUGUAUGUAUGUUUAUUUU